CGCGUCAUCUCGGUGCGUCCGACGACGACGACGACGAUGACGACGCCGACGACGACGACGACCGCGGCGUCGGACGAGCGCGCGGCGUUCCUGACGCCCGGCCCUCGACCGACGACGCCGAGCGACGUGGGCGCGAUUCGCGUGCCGACGGGAUACGCGACGCGCGCGAGCGCGGACGCGGACGACGACGACGACGACGCGGGACUUGUGAUCGAGAUCGGAGAUCCGCACCGCGUGGGCGACGGCCUGAGCAAGCACAUCGAGUACAAGGUGACGUACUGGACGGACAGCGCGACGUACGGUGGGAAAGAUUCGAGCGGGUGUUCGACGCGGCGAUUUUCAGAUUUCGAGUGGUUGAGCAAACAACUCGGGGCGAAUUGCGACGGAGUCAUCAUCCCGCUGUUGCCGUCGAAGACGAUCUUACACAUGGACGACCCGUCGUCGCGCGGGAUCGAGCGAAGACGAAAAGGAUUAGCCGCGUUCAUGGCGAGGUGCGCGGCGCACCCGCUGGUGAGAAAAUCCGCCGACUUGCACGCGUUCUUAACGCAAGACUCAAAGUCUUGGACGCAGCGCGUGCCGUGGUACGAACGCGGCGUCUUGAGCGAAGGCGUCUCAUCGGUGACUUCGUGGUUGUCAACGCUGAACACGUCGGACAUGAAGUCCCUGACUUCGUCGAUGUCCGUCGACGUCAUGCGCGAAAAGCAACAACACGUCGACGUCGUCGAAUACGUGACCAAACUGAAACUGCGUUUGGAAAAGCUCAUAGCGGCGACGAGCGCGUUGCAAAAGCAUGGCGCACACACGGUGAGCGCGUACGAGGAGUUCAACGCGUGCUUGGAGCUUUUGGCGGGACAAGAGGAGAAGGCUCGUUCCGUUUUCGCCCAGUCGGGGGCCAAGGGCGUGUGGUGGCAAAGACUCAGCGAUUUAUUCACUGCGCUCAUUCCUCCGCAGAGACAGGCGUCGGAAUUGAUGUCGUCGGAGUUCUUAGAUUCCCUCAACGAAGUUCACGCGUUGUGCACCGCCGUAGUGGCGGCAUUCGACGCGAGAAAGCGUGUCGUCGAUCACUACAACAAGAGCCUGGGCCGAAGAGAGAAGAAAAACAAAAGAUAGAACUCGCGGUGAGUGACUUGCGAAUCGAACGAACGCAGACGCACGAGAGAUACGAGCGUUGCUGCGCGAACAUGGAACACGAGUUGCUUUGGUUCCACACCGAGUUGGCGUUGGUUCUCGGGCAAGCCCUGAAGAAACACGUCGCCGCGCAAGGGGCGGCGGCUGGCAAUCUAUCGAGAGUUCAGGAUUCGCACUUUAUGGACAUUAAGGCGAUGAUGGCGAACAAGCCGCAGGCAUUCGUAGGGUGAUGAAGCGAAA